GAUUAUAGGCAUGAGCCACUGUUUGCAGCCCCUAUUUUUCCAAAUGAAGAGACUGAGCCCCAAAAGGAUAAAGUCUGUUUCAUCAGCUUAUACAACUGGACUGAGGUAUAGAAGGCAAGCAUUUCGGGGGGACUGGCCCAGCGUACUUUAUUCAUGCCAGCAUCACUGGCAAAUCCCAACACUUAAAAGCGUUCAUCACUUUGUUGAUCACAGACACACGGACAGACCAAGUACCACAUAGGUGGUGUGUUUUUGAUCAGUUAGUCUCAGGGUCUCUCCGGGAAUUUAAUGGACUCAAACAGUUGCACAGGGUGUGACUGUAAGGUAACAGAUGGCAUUUACAGAAAUCAAGCAGGAAAGACAAUCCCACCACUUCAUAGACAUACUUCAUGUCAGCAUGGGGGCAGAGGUUCUACUGAGAGCUGACAUCUAUAGAACACUUCCCCUGUGCAUCCUCACUUAAUCCUCCCGGCAAGCCCACUGCUGUUUCCACGUUUUACAGACGAGGAAAUGGCGCUCAGGGAGUUCAGUGACUUGCCUGAGCCGGAGCUGAGUGUAGUGACGGAGCCAGGCCUUGAACCCCGGCAGCCAGACUCUUCGCCCGUGCCGUCACCCUCUGUGCGGCCCUGGGGGGCGGCUGAUGAACACAGUUCAUCAAAAACGAACUGUGAUCCGACAGAUGAAAGCCGAGGUCUGUGAACGUGUGAAUGUUCUUUUGUGAACCGAAAUGUGCUUCAGUUGUUUUCUCUGUGUGUCAGGGAAGAGAGACCAUGAACUCCCAGCUCGUUGGGCAAAGGGCUGAUUUAUGAGGAUUUGCUCAACUCUAACCAGCUGGUUAACAACACGGAGCUUUUAACGUUUCCAGGGGAGGAAAUGAAUAAACAGGCAUUUGGGAUGAAGUCCACUGAGUCUGUGGGACUGGCUGAAAGGUGAAUUCAGUUGGAAGAAGUUUUGACAUACAAUGCAGACAUCUCUUGACCCAGUUUUGAAUCAGAGUUCUCAGUAAACAAAGUCAAGAAAUUAGAAUUUCUGGGUCAAUUCCACAUUUCAUAGGCGACGUCAAAAGAAAUAUUUAUUUUGGGGGAAGGUUACCUGGUUUAGGUGGAAUAAGUCAGAUGGAAACGCAAAAUGAGUUACCCAGAUGAUGGGUGUUCUUUAUUGAUUUUAAAUUCAAUAAAAUGAUCAUCAGAAAUUCUCAAUUAGAACGUUUAUGUUUUAUCUAGUAUUUUAACUAUAAAUGGCUUGUACAUGUUUGAGAGUCUUUUAUCCUGUGGAAUACAUGAAACCAUACUGCAUUUAAUUUAAUUUUUUUAGAAAAUCAAAUACCACCAGCUCCCUGCUUUCCAUGGCCUUUUGGCCCUUUGGAAAAACGCAGAAUUAGGAUAUUUUGGUAGAAUUAACAUAGCAGGCUAAAAUUUCUAUAAUCCUUCAGUGAUUUCUCAGAAACAAAAGCCAUGUGGUGGUGGUCAAGCUCGUGCCCAGCAUAAAAUGACCGGAAGUGUAAACUGGUUAGGGGCUGAUUCUGUUCAGAACCAUAAUCAGAACAGACCAGCUCUGCUUCUGUUCUCAGGUUCCCUCAGCGUGUGCUUUGCUUCCUCAUCUCCCCUGGGUCACUCCCCUGUGGCAGGGAACAUGGACCCUUCCUGAGAGCCAGUGACUGUGCUAGAGUUGAUCGUGUUCCCGAAGAAUUCUCUGAGCUUCCUUCUGCUUUGGGGGAAUGAGAGGUUCUGAAAGUCUUUUGUGCUCGUGAAAGGAGCCUGGUUUAGAAGGCUCUCGUCAGACUCUGGCAGGAUCAUUCAGGUUACAUGUGAAAAAAAGGGAAAGAGGACAGGAAAAUACAGGAAAAAAAUGCUUGGAGAAUAUUAUAAUAUUUAUUUGCUUCUAAAUCAGAAUAAAUGGGCAGCUUUCCACAAAAGCCAAAAUAGACUGCACCCUCGUUACCUGGAUCUGUGGAUGACAUUCAUCCAUUCAUCCUGCUAGUUUUAUUGCGAAGGCUGAAAAAGUCAUAUUAAUGCAAUUUUAAAAAAUAUUUUUUUCAGAAAUUAGGGCCAGACUGGGCUUUAGAAAUAAGUAACUUAAAGUUGCUUGGGAUAUGAGGGGACAUGAAGAGAGAGAAAAGAUUUCUGUCUCUGUGUUAGGCAUUUCAGCUGAUUCUUUUAGAAUAAUUUUUGCCCGCUGUGUCUGUCAACCAUGGCUUGGCUAAUCCAGCCUGGCGCUCAUGGAGGUUGCGUGUCUCCAAAUCAACAAGGCAUCAAGUAUUUCACCAUCACUUAGUGUACAUUUACCUGUGGGAGAAUGCAACAUAAAAAUAUACCCAUCGUGGUGACAGUUUGACUUGCAGGGAAGAGUAAGGUCUACAGCUGCCCUGCAAAGGGCAGACACUGCCAGGUAAGGGCACUGGACUUCUUGUUCACUUGUCUGUGAUCCUUUCUGUCGCCUUAUGACUGCUGCUUCCCAGGAAUGGGGUUUGGAGUAAGAUGCUUCAUCACAAGUCUGUUUUCAUAAUUGUAAAAUGUGGAAUGAUCUUCAUAAUUUGCAAGAUUGCUGUGAGAGUGAUAUUAGGUAGAAGGUGAAUGGCUCUUUGAGAGUCAUAGAUGGCCUGUGCUUUGUUAAAUAGAAGGUGUUAAUAGCCAAGUAAUGAAUUGUGUUAACUUUACUCAAGGAAAACUCUCAGCUCCACUGCUGAAAACUCAUCCCCUCUCCCAGGCAACCAUUUGGAGGCCCAGGCCAGAGGCUGGACCAGGAGGAUUGGAUGCGUCGGUGCUGUCCAUCCCUCCUGCUGCACAAACCACUCAGCCACAGAUCCUCUUGGAUGGACUACCAUGAAAGGAUGAAAGUCCUGGACAGACUUAUCACAGAGAGAGAAGAAACGCAAUCACUAUGCAGCCACAGAAUGUCCAGGGGCUCAGCAAAGUCAGUGAGGAACCUUCAACAUCGAGUGACGAGAGGGCCUCAUUGAUCAAGAAAGAGAUCCAUGGGUCCCUGCCACACCUGGCGGAGCCCUCUGUGCCGUACCGUGGGACGGUGUUUGCCAUGGACCCCAGGAAUGGUUACAUGGAGCCCCACUACCACCCUCCUCAUCUUUUCCCUGCCUUCCAUCCUCCUGUACCAAUUGAUGCCAGACAUCAUGAGGGCCGUUACCAUUAUGAUCCGUCUCCGAUUCCUCCAUUGCAUAUGACUUCUGCCUUAUCUAGUAGCCCUACAUAUCCGGACCUGCCCUUCAUUAGGAUCUCCCCACACCGGAACCCCGCUGCUGCUUCUGAGUCUCCCUUCAGCCCUCCACAUCCCUACAUUAAUCCGUACAUGGACUAUAUCCGCUCCUUGCACAGCAGUCCGUCACUCUCCAUGAUCUCAGCAACCCGUGGGCUGAGCCCUACAGAUGCUCCCCAUGCAGGAGUCAGCCCAGCAGAAUACUAUCAUCAGAUGGCCCUGCUAACCGGCCAGCGCAGCCCCUAUGCAGACAUUAUUCCCUCAGCUGCCACCGCCGGCACGGGGGCCAUCCACAUGGAAUAUCUUCAUGCUAUGGAUAGCACCAGAUUCCCCAGCCCCAGGCUGUCAGCCAGGCCGAGCCGAAAACGUACACUGUCCAUAUCACCACUGUCCGAUCAUAGCUUUGACCUUCAGACCAUGAUAAGGACGUCUCCCAACUCUUUGGUCACGAUUCUCAAUAAUUCCCGUAGCAGCUCUUCAGCAAGUGGCUCUUAUGGCCACUUAUCUGCUAGUGCAAUCAGCCCAGCCUUGAGCUUCACCUACUCUUCUGCGCCCGUCUCUCUCCACAUGCAUCAGCAGAUCCUAAGCCGACAGCAGAGUUUAGGUUCAGCCUUUGGACACAGCCCUCCACUUAUCCACCCUGCCCCAACUUUUCCAACACAGAGGCCUAUUCCAGGGAUCCCCACGGUUCUGAACCCCGUCCAGGUCAGCUCCGGCCCUUCCGAGUCCUCACAGAACAAGCCCACGAGUGAGUCUGCAGUGAGCAGCACUGGUGACCCGAUGCACAACAAGAGGUCCAAGAUCAAACCCGAUGAAGACCUCCCCAGCCCAGGGGCUCGGGGGCAGCAGGAACAGCCCGAAGGAACAACCCUUGUCAAGGAGGAAGGGGACAAAGAUGAAAGCAAACAGGAGCCUGAAGUCAUCUAUGAGACAAACUGCCACUGGGAAGGCUGCACGAGGGAGUUCGACACCCAAGAGCAGCUUGUGCACCAUAUAAAUAACGACCAUAUUCAUGGAGAGAAGAAGGAGUUUGUGUGCCGGUGGCUGGACUGCUCAAGAGAGCAGAAACCCUUCAAAGCCCAGUAUAUGUUGGUAGUGCAUAUGAGAAGACACACGGGCGAGAAGCCUCACAAAUGCACUUUUGAAGGUUGCACAAAGGCCUACUCGAGACUAGAAAACUUGAAAACACACUUGAGAUCUCACACUGGAGAGAAACCAUACGUCUGUGAGCACGAAGGUUGCAACAAGGCUUUCUCAAAUGCCUCUGAUCGCGCCAAGCACCAAAACAGAACGCAUUCCAAUGAGAAACCAUAUGUGUGUAAAAUCCCAGGCUGCACUAAGCGUUACACAGACCCAAGCUCCCUCCGGAAACACGUGAAGACAGUGCAUGGCCCAGAGGCUCAUGUCACCAAAAAGCAACGUGGGGACAUCCAUCCUCGGCCCCCACCCCCGAGAGAUUCCGGCAGCCAUUCACAGUCCAGGUCGCCUGGCCGGCCCACUCAGGGAGCCCUCGGUGAGCAGCAGGACCUCAGCAACACUACCUCAAAGCGGGAAGAAUGCCUCCAGGUGAAAACCGUCAAGGCAGAGAAGCCCAUGACAUCUCAGCCAAGCCCUGGUGGUCAGUCUUCAUGCAGCAGCCAACAGUCCCCCAUCAGCAACUAUUCCAACAGUGGGCUCGAGCUUCCUCUGACCGAUGGAGGUAGUAUAGGAGACCUCAGUGCCAUUGAUGAAACCCCAAUCAUGGACUCGACCAUUUCCACUGCAACCACAGCCCUUGCUUUGCAAGCCAGGAGAAACCCGGCAGGGACCAAAUGGAUGGAGCACGUAAAACUAGAAAGGCUAAAACAAGUGAAUGGAAUGUUUCCACGACUGAACCCCAUUCUACCCCCUAAAGCCCCUGCGGUCUCUCCUCUCAUAGGAAAUGGCACACAGUCCAACAACACCUGCAGCUUGGGUGGGCCCAUGACGCUUCUCCCAGGCAGAAGCGACCUCUCUGGGGUGGACGUCACCAUGCUGAACAUGCUCAACAGGAGGGACAGCAGCGCCAGCACCAUCAGCUCCGCCUACCUGAGCAGCCGCCGCUCCUCAGGGAUCUCGCCCUGCUUCUCCAGCCGCCGCUCCAGCGAGGCGUCGCAGGCUGAGGGCCGGCCGCAGAACGUGAGCGUGGCUGACUCCUACGACCCCAUCUCCACCGACGCCUCGCGCCGCUCCAGUGAGGCCAGCCAGAGCGACGGCCUGCCCAGCCUGCUCAGCCUCACGCCCGCCCAGCAGUACCGCCUCAAGGCCAAGUACGCGGCUGCCACAGGAGGGCCGCCGCCCACGCCCCUGCCCAACAUGGAGAGAAUGAGCCUAAAGACGCGCCUGGCGCUGCUCGGGGACGCCCUCGAGCCUGGCGUGGCCCUGCCUCCCGUCCAUGCCCCGAGGAGGUGCAGCGACGGGGGAGCCCACGGCUACGGGCGACGCCACCUGCAGCCGCACGAUGCGCCAGGCCACGGCGUGAGGAGGGCCAGCGACCCCGUGCGGACGGGCUCCGAGGGCCUGGCCCUGCCGCGAGUGCCGCGCUUCAGCAACCUCAGCAGCUGCAACCCCCCGGCGAUGGCCUCGUCCGCGGAGAAGCGCAGCCUCGUGCUUCAGAAUUACACGCGGCCCGAGGGCGGUCAGUCCCGAAACUUCCACUCGUCCCCCUGUCCUCCCAGCAUCACCGAGAACGUCACCCUGGAGUCCCUGACCAUGGACGCCGAUGCCAACUUGAACGAUGAGGAUUUCCUGCCGGACGACGUGGUGCAGUAUUUAAAUUCCCAGAACCAAGCAGGGUACGAGCAGCACUUCCCGAGCACCCUCCCGGACGAGAGCAAAGUGCCCCACGGGCCCGGUGACUUUGACGCGCCCGGGCUGCCAGACAGCCACGCUGGCCAGCAGUUCCAUGCCCUCGAGCAGCCCUGCCCCGAGGGCAGCAAAACCGACCUGCCCAUCCAGUGGAACGAAGUCAGCUCCGGAAGCGCGGAACUGUCCUCCUCCAAGCUCAAGUGUGGCCCGCGGCCCGCUGUGCCACAGACUCGCACCUUUGGGUUCUGCAACGGCAUGGUCGUCCACACGCAGAACCCCUUGAGGAGCGGGCCUGCUGGGGGCUAUCAGACCCUCGGGGAGAACAGCAACCCCUACGCUGGCCCAGAGCACUUGAUGCUUCACAACAGCCCCGGAAGUGGCACCAGUGGAAACGCUUUCCAUGAACAGCCCUGUAAGGCCCCGCAGUAUGGGAACUGCCUCAACAGGCAGCCAGUGGCCCCUGGUGCGCUCGACGGUGCCUGUGGUGCCGGAAUUCAAGCCUCAAAGCUGAAGAGCACCCCCAUGCAAGGGAGCGGGGGCCAGCUGAAUUUCGGCCUGCCAGUAGCACCAAAUGAGUCAGCUGGCAGCAUGGUGAAUGGCAUGCAGACCCAGGACCCGGUGGGACAGGGGUACCUGGCUCACCAGCUCCUCGGCGACAGCAUGCAGCUCCCGGGGGCAGGACGCCCCCGUCAGCAGAUGCUUGGGCAGGUUAGUGCUACCUCACACAUCAACAUCUAUCAAGGGCCAGAGAGCUGCCUGCCAGGGGCUCACGGCAUGGGCAGCCAGCCGUCAAGCUUGGCAGUUGUCAGGGGCUACCAGCCGUGUGCCAGCUUUGGGGGCAGCAGGCGCCAGGCUAUGCCAAGGGACAGCCUUGCUCUGCAGUCAGGACAGCUCAGUGACACAAGUCAGACCUGCAGGGUGAAUGGCAUCAAGAUGGAGAUGAAAGGGCCGCCGCAUCCGCUGUGCUCUAAUCUGCAGAAUUACUCUGGUCAGUUCUAUGACCAAACCGUGGGCUUCAGUCAGCAAGACAUGAAAGCUGGUUCAUUCUCCAUUUCAGACACCAGCUGCCUGCUACAGGGGACCAGCGCCAAAAAUCCUGAGUUACUUUCCCCAGGUGCUAAUCAGGUGACAAGCACAGUGGACAGCCUCGACAGCCAUGACCUGGAAGGGGUACAGAUUGACUUCGAUGCCAUCAUAGACGAUGGGGACCACUCCAGCCUGAUGUCAGGGGCCCUGAGCCCAAGCGUCAUUCAGAACCUUUCCCAUAGCUCCUCCCGCCUCACCACGCCUCGGGCGUCCCUCCCAUUCCCAGCGCUGUCCAUGAGCACCACCAACAUGGCUAUAGGGGACAUGAGUUCUUUGCUGACCUCCCUAGCGGAAGAAAGCAAAUUCCUUGCAGUUAUGCAAUAGGCUUUAGGAAAAAGGGACUGCAACCAACGUAAAUCAAUAGGAGUUGAAGAGAUUAAGCUGACUUUGUUUUGGCUGUUUUUUUAGUUCUGUAUGUAUUUUAGCAAUCUCAUCUCACCUAACGGAGAUGUGUUUCAAAUAUAUUCCUUUUAUGGAAAAGGACUCUGAAAAACCCUAAAGUAUUCUAGGGAGAAACUGUCUUCCAUUUCAGUUUUGAAUCAGUAUUGUUACACACAGACCACCCUCUUUUUUUAAAAAAAACAAAAACAAAAAAACAAAACUGUAAGCCCCACCCCUUUUUAGUAAACCUAUGUAAAUGUGUGAUGUGCAUAUUCUUUCUUUUAGAAGAGCAGUCAAAUUAAAGGAUUUGACAUGUUUUGCUGUUGCUCAAAGGAAAUAGGAGUUGGUGUGCUUGUGACCAAGGGGUUACACUUCCAGCUUUUAAAAUUCUCCUUUACAUGUGCUCAGUGUUUUGUUUUGUGUUUUGGUUUCUUAUUUCUUAUUUGGUUUUUUAUUUUAAUUCCCACAUUGGGCACAAGAAUCAGAAUAUGGAUAGCGAGUUUAAGAAUCUUUUGUGGGUGCACUGUAGCAUAGAUGACAGAAUAUUGAUGUUUUCCCCAUCCCCAAUUCAGUUCAGGGCAUACUUUCCACAGUUAUACAGAAAUGGAAAUGCGGGGCUCUUGUACAUGAAAUAGGCGCUCACAGUUUUGGUUUUCAGCUCUUCAUGUCUGUAAGUGUGUUUUCGGGGAGGCUAUGUCUGUAUGGUUUGUUCUCACUUAUCACAUUUGCCUCUCCUCCCACUACCUUCAUGAACAGUUAGUGUUGUUUGGCACUGCAGUUAAAGAUAAGGGACUGGCAGUUGGUGACAGUUACAUUGCUACUUUUCUCUGUUCUGGUAAGAAGUUAGAUAGAUUGUAGAUUGAAGCAUUUGGGUAGAAUUAGUUGGGGGAAUAUUUGUGGGUUGCUGUGUUUGUUGAUUAGUUCCAUCUCUCCCAUUUUAACUGAGAAUUGAUUAUAUAUAGCUCUAAGUAUAUAGGUAUUUAAACAACCCAACAAGCGGCUGUAUCAGUAACAUUUAUUAAUUCCACUAUAGUGAAGGAGGAUUUCCAUUUUAAAUACCUUAUUUUGAGGGAUUUAUAAAACUUAGUUGUAAAAGAGAAAGCCCACAUAGUGGGAAUAAAUUGCUUCAGCCAUUUUUAGUAUUUGAGAGCACUAGGGAAGAUGUUUAGUAGCUGUGUGGAUGCCUUUUUUCACACCCUGUCUAUUGAAUGCUGCAUCCAUUCACGAAGUUAAGUGUUAUAUGCAGUUAGUCCUUAAUGUGGACUGGAUCUGUACUUUUGGAUUAAAACAUUUAAAGAUUUUUGAAGUGCAGCUGCUUCCCAUGUGCGUUUGAUACACAUAAAAGUCAUACUGUGUGUGCACAAAGAGUACAUGGAUUUUCCAGCAUAUUGCUUUUAAAAAUAUGUAAACUAUUAAAAUAUUAACACCUCAGGCUACCUGCUGUAUUCUGUCCCAUUGACCCCGGAAUUGGAUUUAUUGCAAGUGAUUGAUAAUUCAAUUAUGUGGCUUUUCCCCUUUAAUCCUGCCAUUUAAAUUACAGAAGAAAGACAAAAUCAAGUAAAAUAAAGUGUUAGAUAAUAGAAAGAGUGUUAGGACGAGCCCACUUUUCUCAUAUUUAUGUUCUUUCAUUUGGACCAAGAAUCUCUCCGCAUGGAGGCUGAUUUGCUGUUGGGGACUUUGGCUAAGACUAUUGGGUUUGCUUUCAACUAGAUGUUCCUGAGACGAGCAGAGGGAUGCCGCAAUUUCCCCUCCAUGCCUGCUAUCCUCCCCCAUGUAAGUCUUCUUUGAAAUUAAAGGAUGUGUCUCCUUUGGAACAACCCCAUAACAAAAGAGAACUGCUGAUCUGAGCAUAGGAGAGUGGAGGCUCUACCACUUUUCAGCUGAAAAAGCAAGGUUUUCUCUGUGUUUCUGAAACAGGGCAUGAUAUUGUCACAAAAUCAGAGAUCCAGUCUCACUUUUCCACAAAUCUCCAAAUCUCCGGUUUUAUCUUGUGUGCUCUAAUGGUUUGGCUCAAUUCCUUUCCAACUCUUGUUUUCAAAGCUUGGGGCCUGAGUGUUCUCCAGUCCUCCUGAGAAAGGAGCUUGGAUGGAAGGCACCAUGCUGGCCUCCUCCAUCAGAGGGCUUUUCCAGUAGUAUUCUUCGAUGCAACCUCCAUUUCUCAGUUACCAUCAUUUCCUGUAUCAGCUUUGUCCUUCCCGAGGGGUGCACAGUGAUCUGGUCCACCUCUGUUGUUGUCUUGUGCUUCUACUCUUUCCUGUGGUUUCAGGUUGUUUUCUGGGUUUCCCCCAUUCAUAUAUAUAUAUACACACACACACACACACAUAUAUAUAUAUAUUUGCUUUCAUUUCUACUGCUUUUAGAUUUCCAGGAGAUGCUAGUUUCAGCUCAAUGUUUGACUUCUCUCAAUAUGGAAAUUUCAGAAGGAUGGAGGAGAGGAGAGAGAGAAGAAGAAAGUGUACUCCUCCAGAAUUUCAGUGAUCUGGCGUGGCAGUCCAGUGGAAGGAAGGUCUUUUGAGGUCUCUUAGAAGUAUCCUUUUGGGACGUCCUUUUGGGAUCUCUGUAGGCUAGGCAUCUCAUAUCUUGAGACUCACCCCCAGCCUCCAAGCCUGUCUCCAUUUCUGUAACCUGCGCAUUUAGAGCGAGAGGACCGCCUCACUAGUGUCACCAUCCUGCCUUUUCUAAAACAUGCAGGCUCACACACAGUACUCCUGCUUAAUGUCUGUGUUAAACUUUUUCUAACCAUUUUUGUUUUGUUUUUCUGAAAAAGUUAACCCCUCCCAACUCCUCACACACUGGCUCUUCCUCUUGAGCCACAAAGUUUUGAUUCUUGCGAUGUAUGUGCCUUAUUUUAUGUUAAUCUUGUCAAUGAGAGGGACCAGUUGGUGUUGCCCAGUCAGCACUCUGAGGCUGUGUGUGCACCAGCCAGAGAGCGCACAGUGGUAGCAGAGUCGAGGCUGUCUUGUAUCCUGGUUUCCGGUGUUGUUUUGAACUGAUAGGAGGAUGUUCUCUUCUGACAAGUUACCCUUGUGUAUCCUGCAGACGUGUAAAAUAAAAUACAAGUUCAUUUUUUUCACCUUUUUUAGAUUUUUAAAAAAUAAAAUGUGUAAUCCUUUUUUAAAAGAAACACAUGUAAAUACAUUUAAGUAUUGUAGGCAUAGCGUUCAGAUGUGACUGGCCCAGGCAUUCCUCGGACAAGCCUGCAUUCCCCGUGAUCACGCCCACCUCAAGCCCAGGGGCUGCAGCACAGCCACAGAUGAACUCUACCUUUGCUUUCAGAACCACUUAGUCCUUUUGUAACAAAGAAAAAAAAUGUUUCUUACAAUGUCAAUAAAAAAUUCUUUGUACGGAAA